AUCACGUGACCGUGGCGCGGUGAAUUAAUUUUUUUUAAAUAGUGAGUGCGCUUAUUUAAGAUGUGGCAAAUUUUCGUACUAAUUUUAUCUCUAAUAGCAAAUGCUGAUUCAAUAAUACCGAGACAAUCUCGUCCGUAUUCAGCGGCAUCUCCAGCUCAAAUAAGAUUCGCGAUAGAAAACAAAUAUGACGAUACAGGACCAGGAGCUAGAGGCCCUGUGUACGCCUACCACACAUACAAAACACUAGAGGAUGCACUUGUCAGCUACCUCGAUGAUCCUGAUACUAAAUUACCCGAAAAUGAAAAACAGAAAGCAUAUGCCAUAUUGCAAGGGUCAGCGCAAAAUGACUACAGACCCCCAAUCAGGCAAUUACCCAAAACAGUUGAAGAAUACACUGGAUAUAAUGAAGCAAAUAUCAAAGAAGAAUCAUUGAAUCAGUACAACCGUCCCAACCAGCAAGUCUUCUUCCGUGAUCCAAGCACCAAUUAUGGUUAUUUGGAUCUACGAGGUCUGCAAUUAAAAGACGUUCCACCGAAGAAGUUUUUGAAUCAAAGAUUGAAUGAUGUGUUCAAUUAUUACAAAGUGCAAGCCGUGGAAAGCAGUCCGAUUAAUUUGACCCCUUACGCGAGGAAUCCUGAGGUUACAGAAGCUCAAGAUCAGUUCGACCCCAACCCUCGCUAUAGCUUCUCCUAUGGUGUACAUGACAAACACACAGGUGACACAAAGUCAGCACACGAGAUACGUGACGGCGGCAAUGUCCGAGGCUACUACUCGUUCGUCGACGCGGAUGGCAAGCAGCGCACCGUGCACUACACAGCCGAUGACAAACUUGGCUUCAGAGCUAACGUGCAGCGCACGUAA